AUGUCGCAGCAACCAUCGAUAGACCUGACCGGCAUCGCGAUCGUCAUCAAAAUGGAUGGCGGUGUGAAAAUCAAUGGCCCAACGUACGCUCUAGCUGAUCUCCAAUCGAUCGAUCACCUGCCACAGCUCUUGCAGCGCCACCUAGGAGUCGAUGACAGCAGCAACAAGGUCGUUCUCAAGACAAGUGAAGACGAGACCAUCAACACUGACCUGAACGGCCUCAGGUACCUCUUCCAGCGCGGCCACUCCGAAGGCGAACGGCGAGCGGCAGCACUGUUACCUCCAGAUCAACAACUGUGUGCUUGUCAGAUAGAUGGCCGACGUCUUCCGGUGCUCGUCGUUCACACCGUCUCCGAUGGCACCAGUUCCAAAGAGGAGCAGACCGCUCUAUCAACAGCAGCUGCCGCAGCAGGUCCGGCACCGCAGCUGUCAGCUCAACCAAAACCUCACGCUGCGCCAUUCCAAAACACAGGAUCGUUGCAAGCAGAUGCAGCUCUUGAGACGAAGCCAGAUGAAAAGUACAAGAGCCUUCCUGUCACGAGGGGAGGGUCAAAAGGCGUACGUGAUGAAGGAGGUGAUCCCAGUUGGGGCGACGCUGAUGGUACGCUCGGCAUUGCUUCGGCAGGGAAACGAAAGAAGUCCAAGGCUCGGAAGAGGGUCUUCUUCCGUGUGGGACUCUGUGCUGACGAUGAUGAUGGCUUGAGCGAGGACGCCCCUGAGAUUUCGGAUAACAAAGUGCACUCUGUGAUUGUAGCUGAGGUCUCUUCGCCAGACACCGAUGUGUCGUAUCUUUCAGUGGAUACUUUCUUCUUCAACGGCCUGUCCAUUGGAAGUUGCGAUGCCGGGGUGCCAAUCGAAAACUUUGCUCCUGGUGGUAAAUACCGGCUCGACAAGGACUUCGUGCGUGCCGGCUGUACCUCAAAAGGCGAUCUGAAUGGUGUGGUGCAGGAGCUCUCGCAAAGUGCUUCACACGAAGGGGCGCUGUUUCAAACCCAUCUCAUUCGACCAAGAGCUCUGCCAGUGCCGUCGAAACGGUCGAAAGCAGCAGCGGUGUGGAAAUCCAAAGGCUCGACAUCAAAAGCCACAAUUGCGGGUCUUCUGUUCUUCUGUGAUACCACAGAACCAAGGGUGCUGGUGAAUGUUCCUGGUGUUCAAGAGAUCACUCUCAAGGACAACCAUACACUCCCGGCACUGAGGGAACACCUGCGUGACCAGGUGAUGGUGCGAGACGAGGAGAGGGCGGAUGGCGAAAUGACUCUGGACAGCUACCUCCACAAGAAGCUGGAGCCCGAGUUCAUCUACAGCGUCUGGAUCCUGCCGCAAGUCGAGGGUAGCGAGAAACUCUGGUGCUGGGAUACGCGCCCUAAGCGGCAGGCGAACAGCUGGCUUGACAGUGCUCUGGAGAGAAGGCCAUACAAUCCCAGAGUAUUGUACAUCGAAGUGGUCAUUUCUGGGAAGGCGAAGACCGAAAACAAUGGCGAUCAAGUUGAAGAGACAUCUCAAUCGGAUGUUGAGUCGGGCUCCGUUGAUGAAGAUGGUGCAGCGAGCAGUGUAGCUCCAGAACAGGAUGAGCAGGAUGAGCAGGAUGAGUUGUUGGAGAAUGAUGGCAAGGCAGAUGACGAAGCACCUCCUGCCUCAGAGCGUGAGAAGCGGCGGGCAGACGCUUCUAUCACGCCGAAGCGGACGACUCAGAAGGCCAAGCGAGAGGUGUCUGAUGAUGAUGAUGACGAUGAAGUUGUUUGA